AUGGGUCUAUUUCCUCCUUUUGCAAGUUAUAAAUAUAUUCUUUUAGCUAUGGACUAUGUUUCAAAAUGGGUAGAAGCCAUACCUACUAGAAAAAAUGACCACAAAACUAUUUUAAAACUUAUUGUUCAGAAUAUACUCUCUCGAUUUGGUUGUCCUCAUGUCAUCAUUAGUGAUGGGGGAUCUCACUUUAACAGUAGUGAUUUUAGGAGUUUACUUAAGAAGUAUGGUGUCCAAUAUAAGAUCACAACCCCAUAUCAUCCCCAAGCUAAUGGCCAAGUAGAACUCAACAAUAGAGAGAUUAAUUUUUUUUUGAAAAAGAUUGUUCAGAAAAAGAUUGGACAAAAAAGUUACUUGAUGCCUUGA